CUGUCACGGGCGUAGCUGGAUGCUGGAUUGUCUCUCUCUCUCGUGCGCGCGCGUGCCGCAGGGAGGUGCUUCCUUUUCUUCUUCCUCUUCCUCCUAACCUCGUCCUACUCGUCGCUUGUAUCGGUCGACGAACAACGCCGUGGACGUCACGAUUCUUCGAUGCUGCGGAUAUCGUACGACUCGGUCAUCGGUUCACCAUCCUAACGAGAAGAAGAAAAGGUGCCGGAGAAAAGGGAGGCCGAUGAGGUUUCCUGCCGGUCGGUGAGAGAGAGAGAGAGAGAGAGAGAGAGAGAGAGAGAGAGAGAGAGAGAGAGAGAGUGAGAGGAGGGGGUGGAGUGAGAUAGUGAAAGGGAUUCGACAAGGAAAGGCAACCGACAGAAACAACGAGAGACCGGUAAAAUCGGGAAACAAAGAUGGUGUGAGAGAAACAGACAAAGUAACGAGGGGAAUACGGGAGCAGCAGAGAAAGAUUUCGGAAGGAAAGCUGUCCGGGAGGGGUGGAGAUGUGUUGAAGUGUGUUCUUGUGUAUAUAUAUGGUGCAGUGCGGUGCUGUGCUCGAGAGAGAGAAUGGCGUGGUCGGAUUUCGCGUGUACCUCGCCGUGACGUGGAAAGUCGGCACUGAAAACGUCGGGCGCUAAGCUGAGGAAUGGAGGGAACGUGGCAGUGGGAGCAGCGAAAGCACUGCCAUAUCAUUCUGCUCAACCCUUUGUCGUACGUAAAGGAGAACCCGGAACAGGCUGCAGAUGAACGAAAGCGGCUACAAGGUAGUCUCUGCAAGGAAGAAGAAGACACCCUGAAGAAAAGGAGUCGCGUGCCGGGUCUGUAGCGCUCGGUAAAGAGAGGAAGGGCCCCCCCGAGCAUCAUCAAAAAGGAGAAGGGGUCGUCAUGGGCCCGGCACACCAAAUCGUACCCCACUGAGCGAUGCAAGUAGUUAGGGCCGGGGCCCUGCUAGUGAGCAUGUGGCUCACUAGAGAAUGAAGAAGCAAAACGUCCGGACCCUAUCGUUGAUCGUCUUCACGUUCACCUACCUCCUCGUCGGCGCUGCAAUCUUCGACGUUCUCGAGUCCGAGACGGAGAAACGACGCAAAGAAGCAUUGGACGCCAUUGAAAAGAUGGUUAUACGCAAGUACAAUAUAAGCGAGGACGACUUCAAGAUCAUGGAAACAGUGGUGCUGAAGACGGAACCUCACAAAGCCGGUCAACAGUGGAAAUUCGCCGGAGCGUUUUACUACGCGAUCACGGUCCUCACCACUAUCGGUUACGGACAUUCGACGCCGAACACCAUAAGCGGUAAACUGUUCACGAUGUUCUACGCGAUCGUCGGUAUCCCGUUAGGACUCGUAAUGUUCCAGAGCAUAGGAGAGCGUCUGAAUAAGUUCUCGUCCGUCGUUAUACGGAACGUAAAGAAGCUUCUUAACUGUAAGGAUGUCCAGGCCUCAGAAAUAAAUCUUAUCUGCGUGGUGACGACCUUAUCUUGCUUAACGAUUGCGGGAGGUGCCGCGGCGUUCUCUCGGUACGAAGGGUGGUCGUACUUCGACUCCAUCUACUACUGUUUCAUCACCCUGACGACCAUCGGCUUCGGCGACAUGGUCGCGCUACAAAAGGACAACGCGCUGAACAACAAGCCGGAAUACGUGAUGUUCGCCCUGAUAUUCAUUUUGUUCGGCUUGGCUAUCGUCGCCGCCUCCCUCAAUUUAUUGGUGCUGAGAUUUGUCACUAUGAAUACGGAGGACGAAAGGCGAGACGAGGCCGAGGCUCUACAGGCUGCGCAAGGAGCAGUGCGCCUGGAGGGCGACGUAAUAACGGCGAACGGCUCGAUACUGUCGGGCCAAGUAGGCAACCACGGUGAGACGAUAUCGCUGGACGACGAGACGUCGGUCUGCAGCUGCUGCUGCAGUGGAUUCCAGAAGAAACGACGGAGACCGCGGUUCACGGUUCGCCGCUCGCCCGGUAAGAUCUCGCACCUGCUGCCGAUGCAGCAGCUGCCGACGUUGAACGCGCGCAGCAGUGAGCUACGCCCGCCUCCGUUGACGCCGUUGUUGCAACUGCCGCCGUUGCAUCAACAUCGAGCCAGCAUCUGACGACCGUCGACCGCCGUCAGUAUGUUAUCAGAGCAACAACUGCCGCGACGGGUGUCCGUUUGAGGCUCUUUCCCUCGGCGUGCAACGUCGGACGAGGGACUGAUCGUACGGAGGAGGAUGAUACUGAAAGAGAGAAAGAGCUUUUGCUGGCGACGACCGCUUCAACGAAUUUAAUCCUAGGGGGAUCGAUCUCGCCGCCUCUCCGUUAUGAAACAGUCGUUAGUAACCAUACCAUUAGCGGGAAGGGUUGAGUUGUUUUGAGUUGUUGAAUUGCGUUUCAUCGGGUUGGAGAGGUCGUAGAUGUUGAAUGUAAGUCGCGUGAUUCGAAUAGUAGGCAAUUAUUCAUGUUGCUUGGCUAAGUUUUAAAUCUCCAGAGUCACGAGUAUUCAACUUGUCGUCAUUGACGGGGUCUCAUGAAAAAUAAGAAUGGAAAUAAAUGAUUGUCGAUGGAGAGGGCGAUUGGAAUUGAACGUAGUCUUGUCGAGAAAUGUAUUUCUUUCAAUUCAACGAAAAUGUGCAAUAUUUGAAUUAAUCUGAAUAAAAUAAAUCUAAUAUUUGAAUUAAAAGUGAUAAGCAGAUGAUUGUUAGAUAAUACAUUUUGAGUUCGAGCAAUGUGAUAUUAACGUUUAGUUAAUUUUACGUAGAGUAAAGAGAAACUGCACGUUGAAUCUUAGGAAAGUAUUCAUUGAUCGGAAAUAUAAAAUAAAAUAAAACGUCUACUCGAAGUUUUAAUUUUCUCUUCGAAUUAUUGAGAUAUGGGAUGGUAUGGUUAUUGCGAAAUUACCGCAGGAAUGACGAAAUUCUAGUCAAACGUCUUUCAAUGAAUGGAAAAAACUCCAUUAACAAUAUCGAAAUGCGUAAUGUAAGAAAGUAAAAAAUUGGCGAUUUCAUGAAAUGAACUUUUUCCUUGAAACCUCCAACAGUAAUUUCGAAGAAUCAGUAACUGAAUAAAAAUUUAUUUUGAAAAAUUGUAAGCUAAGUAUAUUCGAGGGUGGAAUUCAAGUGCUUCCUAUGCUCUUCCAAUAUUUUAAAGAUCGGACAUUCUUCUCGCAAAUUCGCUGGCGAGCUGAUAUUUCGUGUGCUGUAAAAGGCGACGCAAAGUUCUUCCAUUGAAUUGUCUCGAUACGAAGGGAAACAAGACAGAAUCUCGUCAUUUAUGCGAUCGGGCGGCGAAUUGACUCUCAGAAGCAAGUGUUGUGCAUGUACAAAGAAAAAAAAAAAAAAGAAAAUAAGGGGGUGUGCGAGUGAUCAUGUGUUCCGUAGCCAAGAAGCAUUAACAAACAAACCAAAAAACCAAAAAAAAAAAAAAAAAAAAAAAAAAAAAAAAAAAAAAA